GAGGAGGAGGAGAAGGAGGGGGGAUACACACACACAUACGCUUCCCGCCCCGCGUCUGAAAACCUCUCUGACAAGUGGCAGACCGCUAGCAGAGCACGCUGCUCCUUCCGAAGAGCGGGUGGAAGCCGCGGGGGCUCGCCCCUAGCCCAGCCCUGCUGCCGGCUUUUGGCUCCUCGCCCCCCUCCCAUCACCUCCUUCCCCGUCGCCCCUGCUGUGGCGCUGAGUGGAGACCCGCUGCCGGGCGGCGGGCGGUGCUGGCUGCUGUCUCGCCUUGAAAGUGUGCGAGCCGGUUGAGGGCUUUCCUUCUACUUACCGCUAUUUUUUUUUAUUAUUAUUAUUAUUUUAUCUUUUUCGCUCUUUAUUUUUCUCGUACUUUAUUGUUACUGUUUUUUGUUGCCGCUGUUUGUAAACUAAUUGCCUCCAUGGGGGGCGGAGGAAUGGAAAUCAGAGCUGCCGCAGCUGAAGGGUGUAAAGGCGCGCUGGUGAAGAGCCGCGGAGCCGCAGGACGGGAUGGCAGCGGGCAGCGCGGCCGCGGCGGGGAUUGCUGCCCGCGGUGGGCUGGACCGUGCGGCUCGGCGCUGGCGGCUCUCCUCUCCGCGCUGGCUACCGCCUCCUGCGUCUACCUGGGGGUGCGGACCAACGACCUACAGGCCAGGGUCGCGGCCAUCGAGGGCGCCCUAGGGGGCUUCUCUACCGCCGCCCCCCUCCCGCCGCUGCCCGGCUUCUCCCUGGAGCAGCUGAACGCGAUGAUGCAGGAGAAAGUGGAGCGGCUUCUCGCCCAGAAAUCCUACGAGCACUUGGCAAAAAUACGAGUAGCGAGAGAAGCGCCUCCAGAGUGCAACUGCCCACCAGGUCCUCCAGGGAAAAGAGGUAAGCGGGGCAGAAGAGGAGAGACUGGACCUCCUGGUCAACCUGGUCCUCAAGGCCCUCCUGGUCCAAAAGGCGAGAAGGGAGAUCAAGGUGAUCAGGGCCCUCGGAUGGUGUUUCCUAAAAUCAAUCAUGGGUUUCUCUCAGCUGAUCAGCAGCUCAUUAAACGCCGCCUCAUUAAGGGGGACCAAGGACAAGCUGGACCCCCUGGACCUCCAGGGCCACCAGGACCCAGAGGGCCACCAGGAGAUACCGGCAAAGAUGGUCCUCGUGGGAUGCCAGGCUUACCGGGUGAGCCAGGAAAACCAGGAGAACAAGGAUUAAUAGGACCUCAGGGGCCUCCAGGACAAAAGGGUUCUGUCGGAGUGCCUGGUGUUCCAGGGAGAGACGGACAAGUGGGUGAACCUGGUUUGCCUGGCAUAACAGGAGAGAAGGGAGCAGCAGGGCUUAAGGGUGACCCUGGAGAAAGAGGAGAAAAGGGUGAUGCUGGAGAAAAUGGACAGAAGGGUGACACAGGAGAAAAGGGUGACCCUGGUUCUUCUGCUGCAGGAAUUAAGGGUGAACCUGGUGAAUCUGGAAGACCUGGACAAAAGGGUGAACCAGGUCUUCCUGGGCUUCCUGGACUCCCUGGGAUAAAGGGUGAACCAGGUUUCAUUGGUCCGCAAGGAGAACCUGGGUUGCCAGGGCUACCAGGAACAAAGGGUGACAGAGGAGAGGCUGGUCCUGUUGGGAAGGGUGAGCGAGGUGAACCUGGAGUUCCUGGACCAAAGGGAAAAACAGGUGAACCUGGAUCUAGAGGCCCAAAAGGGUCAAAGGGUGAUACAGGUGACAGAGGUGACACAGGAUCUACAGGUCCACGGGGACCACCUGGACAGAAGGGCGAUCAAGGUGCAACAGAGAUAAUUGAUUAUAAUGGCAAUAUCCAUGAAGCACUGCAGAGGAUCGCCACCCUGACCGUCACGGGGCCACCAGGACCACCAGGACCCCAAGGGCUACAAGGGCCAAAGGGUGAACCAGGAUCCCCAGGAGCUCCAGGAGUUGAUGGCGAGCAAGGUCCUAAAGGCUCAAAAGGCGAUACAGGUGAUCCUGGAAUAUCUGGAGAAAAGGGAGGAAUUGGACUGCCUGGCCUGCCAGGAGCCAAUGGUAUGAAGGGCGAAAAAGGAGAUGUUGGUUUGCCUGGUGCCCAGGGUCCUUCUAUGAUAGGACCACCGGGACCACCAGGGCCACAUGGUCCUCCAGGCCCCAUGGGACCUCAUGGACUGCCUGGCCCAAAGGGUGUAGAUGGCCCAGUUGGUCCCCAUGGCCCCGCAGGUCCUAAAGGAGAGAGAGGUGAAAAGGGAACCAUAGGUGACCCUGGACCCAGAGGACCAUACGGCUUGCCUGGUAAAGAUGGAGAGCCUGGCAUUGAUGGUUUCCCUGGUCCUCGAGGAGAAAAGGGUGAUAUAGGAGAAAAGGGAGAAAAGGGAUUCCGUGGAAUUAAGGGGGAAAAAGGGGAGCCAGGCCAGCCUGGCCUGGAUGGGCUGGAUGCCCCUUGCCAAUUGGGUCCCGAUGGAUUACCAAUGCCUGGCUGUUGGCAAAAGUGAUGAAUCUAACCAUACAAGCAUGAAGUUGUGUAUAUAGUGCUCCACUUUUUGUAUUUAUAGUUGAAAACUGAAAAUUUGAUUUUACAAGUCUGAGAUAUGUUUACAUGUAGCUGCUUUUACUUGUUUGCAAUAGUCCAUGUGUACAUCUGGUUUUCACUUACAUCUGCAGUUAGAUGAUAUAUAACUGCAGGGUAAACCUGCAAAGAUUCUCUCUUGCAUUAGAGAGAGAUCUCAAUACAAUGAUCAAUAAUAAAAAUCUGAUUAUUUCUGUAAAUUCUUAUAUUUUGGCUUGUGGACCUGCAUGGACAAUGAGUGCCAUGAACUAGUUUACAAGAAAUUGUGACCAAAUAAGAGCAAAAUGCUACAAAAUGUACUGUACCAGCCGCCAUUGAAGUUUACUGACUUGGCUUCCAUGUCCAUCUUAGAUACUUCACUGAUUCAUGCCACAUCUGCUCGUACAGACUAAAAGCAUGAGUUUGUGUGCCAAACCUGCUUGUUGUGUGAUCACGUUAUGUACUAAAUGGCUGCUCACGGUGACCUUUGAUUCCAGUUUCUGAAUCAUUUCCUUUUGUCAUCCCAAGGGAGUCACACCAUGGCUUAUUGCUAAAAAGAGAUAAACCAGAGGAGGAUAGAAAGAGGCCUUGAAUUUUUGGAGAAUAGAGUUCCAGCUGCAGGUGGAUGGCUUCCAGUCUUGCAGGUUACUUGGCCCCUUUGAUCAAAGGGGGUCCCGCCUGUUAAUCAGCAUCAGUUUGCCUUGCACUGCUCACGGUCGUGAAGACAUUCACCGUUCACGACAGGCCCUGUCAAGUCCUUAAUCAAGAAGGAAGGAAGUUUGAAGAAGAAACCAGACUUCUCUGUGGGUUGUUUGAAAAGGUUACAGUGGUGCUGCAGGGAUCGUUUCUCCAUGGCAGACACCGCCUGAGACCAGAAGCUUCUCAACCUUACGAGGAUGGACAGAGUAUGUACUCUGCAUAUUGUGUUUUGGGACUGCUGGAGGAAACAGCAUUCUUGAGGCGAGGAUGAAUCAGAACAUCCUCCAGUGGAGGAGGAUAAUGGAACUGACCAGAGACAUAUGUACCAUGGUGUGAUUUUCAGGUGAUUCAGUUGAAAUUACACAAAACUAGCAGAACUUUUCUGCAGAAUUUUGGAAGCUAUGGUUAAUUUUGUUUCCUUUUCCCAUAACUGUUGCCAUAAAGGAUGCAUUUCAAUAAUCUGUUUAACAUUUGUGAUGUUGGCAUUGAAGAAAAUACUUCAAGCCAGACAUGCAUCUUGUUUCAGUAUUUAGUUUUUAUUUUCGGGUCUUUGAAGCCUUUAAGUCUAAAAAAAAAAAUAGUUUAUUUUUGUGUUUCACAAAUUGAUUUAUAUUCAUAAUUGAUCUUGUUCUUUUUCUGCUGUUACAGUGACCUUACUGGACAUUAUUAUUCAAAAAACAUUGGAGAAGCAAGUCUGUGUGAUUACCACUGCACGCUUGUUACCGCACUACACUGUUAAAGGUGUCGGUAUUUCUCCAUUUCUGUUCAGAUGACUAGUUUUCUAGGCAAACAUGGGCAAAGUUUUGCUUUUAUUGUUAGAAAUACUGAAUUUGUGCACAUUUGUAGUUUUUGCCAUGAGAUAUUUCUUCCAGUUUUGAGUCUUCAUAUGGUGCGCUGUAGUUAGUUUGAGAGGCUAGGUUAUGAGAAAUGGUGCCAUAUUUGGCACAUGGAAGUUCUUUUUAUAGCACUCCCAUUCCUAGUGUAUAUAGCAGGAUGAUCACAAACUUUUUUAGUUACAUUUCUGAGGUUUGUUUUUCAUACACAGACCAAAACAAAAGUUGAAGAAGACAACCUGUCUCCAUCCAUGUGUGGGCACCUUACCCUUCUUGGAAUGCAUGUUUUUGCUUACUCCAUCAUUUCUAAAUCAUGUGAAGAUGGAGACCUGGUGUGGUUGCACUUUUCAUAUUGAUCCACAAUCUCAGAUCAAUGGAAAAGACACUAUAAUGCCAUCUUUCAUUUUGCUAAAUCUUUAUUGUCAUUUGCUGUAUCAGAGACAAAAAGAGCUUUUCAAGAGGGGAAAUCUUCCACAGAUUUUUUUAAAACUAAAAAUUAAUUUUGUGGCCUCCAUCUGGUAGUACCUUACAAAGUUCCAACAGUAUAUAGAUGUAUAUAUACUGAAUAUAUAUAUAUUCACUGCUUAUAUCCAUCUUUCCAAUACUAAGAAAUAAACAAGUGUUCACAGAUAUAAGGGAAAAUGGUUUUAUUUGCUUACAUUUUCAGAGAUGCGAGUAUUGACCUGUUUGAAUAAUCGUUGCUGCAAUAGUGAAAGCCUUCACAUGGCAUAGACUGAAUAUAAGGUGUUAAUAAUCAGAGUGCAACAGCAGUAAUGUGAAUGAGGAACUUUCCAGAAAGGGCGCAAGGGGAGAAUCACAUAAGCCCUUCAACUUGACAGUUUUAGUCUGCUUGUUUAAGAAGCACUAUCCCAAAAUCCAACAGGCUGAGGAGCAAGCUGCCCACCUAACAAAAAAGAGUUUCUUAUGCCUGUACUCUGACUUGGUACAUUUGGCUGGGUAUAUUGCAGAUGUGAAUACUAGAAGUUGAAUGUUUUUAUGAAAUAGCAAAUACUGGCAAUCAUACAGUAAGACAAAAUAUUUUUUAAUUGGCCCUCAGAGUAUUCAGAUGCUAAAUCAAGUAGGAUGUUUCUUAUCUGGCUAGAUGCUUUAGCAGUUCCAUAUCAAGACUGUGCAAAAACACAGGUUAUUUAGGAAAGAGCAACAAGAUAAAGAGCCAUUAAAUGCACACUGUCAUUAGCACUCUCAUUUUUUAAAUUUGUGUAUCUGUAUUUUUAAACUGUCCUCGUUGCAUCCAUUUCUGUAUGCAUCAGUAAAGCUGGCAGAAUCUUGAUUCAUUUCCUCAUUCAGAAAAUAUUUAUAGAUAUUGCUGCUAAGCAUUAGUCAAAACUCAAUUUUCCUUUAACUCCCUGACACUGAGACCCUGCUAAAGAAACACUUCAGCACCUUUACUCACUUUCUUUUCAGUCUUGCAAUUUCUUUAUUUAAUUCCCACCAGAAAGGAAUACUUUUUUUUUUUUCCCUGAAAAUAAUCUAACUUAUAUUUUUAAGCUUCUGUGUUUUUCAACAUCUUGAAAGAUUCAUUCCAUUUAAAUGACCAUGGGUGAACAGCAAAUAAAUUUAAUUUGACAUUAAACUACAUUCACAGAUUUGACAUUAAUAUUUGCAUCUCAAAGAUUGACUUGAAACCUAACAGUAUGUAGGUAAGUUGCAUGUUCAGGACAAGGGAAAAAAUAAUGCAUUGUGUUUAAUAUUUAAUCAAGAAAAGCACCCUGUGAAGACUUGCAACAUGUUUAUUUUGUUUAAAAAGUACUAUUUUUGGUGCUAGUAUACGUUUUUUUUCUUUCGAUGGCAAAGCUAUAGUUUGAACUGCCUGUGUGUUGUAUCUUUUAGUAGCAUUCCUCCAGAUAGAUAUGAUUUGUUUUGUUUAGUUUGUGACAGGAACAGUAGUUCCUCUACCAGUCCUUUCAGUUGUAGAAGUCUGUAGUGGUAUUGGUCUACACAGUUUCUGUAUCCCUGACCUUUUCAGGUAUGAUUAAUUCUUGUUCUUUUGAGAGUUUUCAGUAUUUGUUUCACACCAGGUUUUGUAAUCAUCUGUUACUCCAGUGUAUUAUAACCACAUUGUGCAGAAGUCCUGUUACAGAAGCAGCAAGCCUUUGAAGCACUGUAUGGAAUAUGUCUGACAUACAUAGUCCUUGUCUUCAUAUCCAUAGAUUAGCUAUGGGGAAGCUUUCUUUCAGGAUGCUUUGGACAUCUUUGUAUUUUUUUCCUGAGGUAAAGCAUGAAACGCUAAUUCAUGGAACAAUGUAUUUUUUUGAUUUAUAUUUUUAUUUAUUACUGAAUUUGAUGUCACAUUCUGAUAGUGUAGCAAGGCAGAAUGACACUCUUCAUCCAGCUGUUUAUAUAUAUAUUUUUAGUCUACCAUGUAAGUUGUAUGAAUGAGUUUCAGAAUGAUCAAAUCCAUAUACCUGCACAAGUGUGAAGUAUAGAGUUUUAAAAGGGAUAAUUCUUAAGAUUACUGUACAGUGUGGAAAGUUAGCAUUGGCUCCACUGAGCAUUACACUCAUGGAAGAGUGCAUGUGAGUAUCAGUUACUCUCUUAAGCCAGCAGAAGAGACAAUGCAAUCCCAAACGAGAUGAGCAGACCUUUGGUCCUUGUGGCCAGGUGGUGCUGCAUAGGGCUGGGGGCCAUGUCAGGAGAUGUGGUUUGGAUCCUGGACCCCUGGGCUCUUCACUUGGCUGCAACUCCCUUUCCCCAGCAGGGAAACAGGAUGAGUGAUGCAUUCUUCCCUUGCAAAGCAAUUUGGUACGUGCAGGAGGAAGGACCUAGGUAUUGAUGCUUAGUAACCAGGGGAAUAUCAACAACUUUAACAGUGGGGUUUGAUUGAAUCAAGACCACUUCAGUGAGUAAAAACUGCAGAGAUACUCCCAGUCUAUUGAAUGUGAUGAUGUUCAAGGCAUGAAGCGUUGACCUUUCCUUUCAAAUUUCCUCAUCACUGCUGCUUGACCAUCUUAAAUUACAUUUUUAAAUAUCUGUCUUUUACCUAAUGAGACACAUAAAUUUUCACACUGGAGAGUUACACAAACCACUAAUAUCAAAGGUAGAGGUCAAAAGGAAGCCUAAAUUUUAGUCAUUGCAAAAAA